AUGUUGGACUGGGACAAUGAUAAACUCAUGUCCGAAUGGGACAAGACCUACGUAUCGACCAAUGUUAAACCCGGGGCAAGGCCAUACGACCGAGGGCUUUUCCUGAAGCUCAAUGAUGAAUUGUUCCGAUUACAACCAGAGUUGCAAACCCUCAGCCACGCAAUUAUUGCAGCUGCAUGUUGCGCAGUAGGCCGGGCUGAUGUCGUUGGCCGGUUUUUCGACGACAUUACAACCGACGCGUCUCCAGAAUAUUCCGAAAAUAUUUUUCUUUGUCUUCGAGAAGCAAUUACCAUCAUUUUUCCCUACCUGGGGAUGCCCACAUGUAUCCCAGCAUGCUAUGGCAUGGUCGGCGUUGUGCAACGAAAAGGCCCUGAAUACGCAUCGACCAGAGUACUCCGCAAGGAUACCAUUGGUGAGGAUGAUGUCCACCGAGGUCGAGUUCUCCGAGACCGGAUCUAUAGCGGAGUGGGAAACUCCCAAAUCUUCGGUUUAAUGGAUCAGUACUUCACAGAUUUAUUUACCUGCUCCACAGUUGUCACGUGGGGCUAUUUGAUCGCAAAGGCGAACGAGGAGGUCUUUCAGCCCAAUGAGUCACACUUGAUUAUUGUAACUGCCAUCGCUGCAUUAGGAGCCACUAGACAAGCAAGAAGUCACAUAAAAGCGACUUUGGGUAUCCAGAACACAGUUGACAGCGUAAAGGCUGUGCUCCAAACCGUUAUGAAGAUCUCUGAAUGGGCCGAUCGUCCAAUUCAUCCAGUUGAUGUGGAUGGUUUGGCCGAACAAAUGCAUUCAACAGCUAGAAGCUGA